GGGGAGGCGGCGUUGCUCCCCGGGACAGUAGGAUCACUCUCGCGGCACAGACAGCGCCGCCCCCCUGCACCCCCCCACCCCCGCCCACCUCGCACGCCGCCCUCGGAAGCACAGGCUCGCGGCUCUGCGUUGGGGGUGUGGGGGGGUCUCCCCGCACCCCAGCCUCGCGCUCCCCGCCCGCCGCACCUCCGGGCCCCCCUUACCCUCCAGAAGCACUGGGAGUUGGGGCAGGGGGGCCUCGGGAAAUUCCCCGGACCCCUGUGCCAGGAGGUGGCCGGUGCGCCCGCCCGCACCCCCCCCCCGAGGGCGGUGCCCGGGGGCGCUGCCCCAUGGAGCGGGGAGGCGGGCGCCGUCUGCUCCCGGAGCUGUGACCCAAGUCAAGUCGGAGCUGUGUGUCGCAGCCAGCCGACCCCCGCGGAUCAUGCGCCGCCGGCCCCGGCUCGUCGGGCCGUGAGCCCCCCCACUUCCCGUCCGGCCCCGGCCCUCGCGCCAUGGGCAGCUCGCACCCUGGCCCCUGGCGGCGGCUCGGACCCUGGCCCCGGCCGCGGCCCGCGCUCUGCGCGCUCCUGCUCUUCCUCCUGCUGCUGGCAGCCGCCGUGCCCAGGUCGGCACCCAAUGACAUCCUGGGCCUCCGCCUGCCCCCGGAGCCCGUGCUCAAUGCCAACACCGUGUGUCUGACGCUGCCUGGCCUGAGCAGACGGCAGAUGGAGGUGUGCGUGCGCCACCCCGACGUGGCCGCCUCGGCCAUCCAGGGCAUCCAGAUCGCCAUCCACGAGUGCCAGCACCAGUUCCGGGACCAGCGCUGGAACUGUUCCAGUCUUGAGACUCGCAACAAGAUCCCCUACGAGAACCCCAUCUUCAGCAGAGGAUUCCGGGAGAGCGCCUUCGCCUACGCCAUCGCGGCGGCCGGCGUGGUCCAUGCGGUGUCCAACGCAUGCGCCCUGGGCAAGCUGCGGGCCUGCGGCUGCGACGCAUCCCGGCGAGGGGACGAGGAAGCCUUCCGCCAGAAGCUGCACCGCCUGCAGCUGGAUGCGCUGCAGCGCGGGAAAGGCCUGAGCCACGGCGUCCCGGAGCACCCAGCCCUGCCCCCUGCCAGCCCCGGCCUGCAGGACUCCUGGGAGUGGGGCGGCUGCAGCCCCGACGUGGGCUUUGGGGAGCGCUUCUCCAAGGACUUUCUGGACUCGCGGGAGCCGCACCGAGACAUCCAUGCGCGCAUGCGGCUUCAUAACAACCGAGUUGGGAGGCAGGCCGUGAUGGAGAACAUGCGGCGGAAGUGCAAAUGCCACGGCACGUCGGGCAGCUGCCAGCUCAAAACCUGCUGGCAGGUGACGCCCGAGUUCCGCGCGGUGGGGGCGCUGCUGCGCGGCCGCUUCCAGCGGGCGACGCUCAUCCGGCCGCACAACCGCAACAGCGGGCAGCUGGAGGCCGGGCCGGCGUCGGGGGCGCCCUCGGCCGCGCCGGGCACGCCCGCGCCGCGCCGCCGCGCCAGCCCCGCCGACCUGGUCUACUUCGAGAAGUCCCCGGACUUCUGCGAGCGCGAGCCGCGCCUGGACUCGGCGGGCACCGCGGGCCGCCUGUGCAACAAGAGCAGCGCGGGCCCCGACGGCUGCGGCAGCCUCUGCUGCGGCCGCGGCCACAACAUCCUGCGCCAGACGCGCAGCGAGCGCUGCCACUGCCGCUUCCACUGGUGCUGCUUCGUGGUCUGCGAGGAGUGUCGCAUCACCGAGUGGGUGAGCGUGUGCAAGUGAGCAACGCCGCCGCCCGCCGCCGCCGCCGUGUCGUCUGGACACUGGCUCCGGAGAGAGAAAGGAUCCCGGGACCACCACGCCAUCUCCCUCUAGGCACCCCCGCCCCCACCCCUC